AUGACGGCGGCAGAUGAAGCGGAUGAGCUGGCGCUGCGCUGCUGCGUGUGCGGCACGUCGGCCGAGGACGACAGCAACUACCUUAACACGAAGAUGAAGAUGCUCAUCUCCAAAUGUGGCCACCGAUUCUGUGACCACUGUAUCAAGCGCGAGUUCCAGCACCAGCGCGAGAUCUCGUGUCCUGCGUGUCAGAAGCCCGUCAAGAAGUCGCAGCUGCAGGACAAGACUAUUGAGGAGCUCAACUUUGCCAAGGAGACGUCGGUGCGCAAGAAAGUGACCAAGGAUUAUAACAAGACAGAGGACGACUUCGACACGCUGGACGAGUACAAUGACUACCUGGAGAUGCUAGAGAACCUUAUAUUUGACUUGGUUUAUGGCGACGAUACCGAGAAGGCCGCGGCCCAGAAGCAGUGGAAACAAUACCGACAGGAGAAUGCCAUUGCCAUUGCUACCAAUGAUGCCAAGAAGGCAGAUGAGGAGCGACGUAUUGCACAGCUCAUUGCUGAACAACAGAGACUGGCAGAAGAGCGACGACUGCUGCAGCAGAAAGAGGAUUCUCAGUUCGAAGCGGAUCUAGAGCGCCAGAAGGCUCAGCUGAUGGAGGUUGCGCUAGGAGAACGUGACGAGAGCGACGUGUCUAAGCUGCGGGCAACCACCACAGCGAUUCCGAUCGACCAGGCUGUCACGGCGGAGAUGGAGGCGGCAAUGAUGGGGUUCCAGCCCGGAGUUAUUGGCGGACCCCAGCCAGUUCCUGUACCAGGAGGGAAACGUGGGCCGAAUUUUGGCGUCAACGAGUCCAAGAAACUGCGUCGGCAGCAACAACUAGCAGGUGGAUACGAUCCGGACCUGCACUUCAAGCGCAAUCGGACGGAGGCCUGGUGUGGAAUCUACUUCCAGCCCAUUGAUAGAAAAAACGAGAGCAACAGCCCAACUCCGAUGGAAAUCUGCUAG